AAAACGGUGUGGAAAUGCCAGGAAAACAGCAGGGAGGGGGAGGGAGCUGGGCUCACUUUGGGCCGUUGUGCCACAACCUCGGGAGAGUUUGGGAAUUUUGUCCCACCCUGGGAUGAUUCCCAGGGGUGUCGUCCCUCCCUGGCCGGAUUUUGGGGGGUUUCCUGGGCUUUCUCGGCAGGUUUGGCAGCGGGGCAGCUCUACUCGUACCCGGCGCGGCGCUGGCGCAAGAAACGCCGCGCCCACCCCCCGGAGGACCCCCGGCUCUCCUUCCCUUCCAUCAAACCCGACGCGGAGCAGGCGCUGAAGAAGGAGGGAAUGGGAAUGUCGGGAGAACGGGAAUUCCGGGAGUCGGGAGAACGGGAAUUCCGGGAGUUGGGAGAACGGGAAUUCCGGGAGAACGGGAAUUCCGGGAGAACGGGAAUUCCGGGACGGAUCCUGGAGCCCGACGAUUUCCUGGACGAUUUGGACGACGAGGAUUACGAGGAGGACACGCCCAAGCGCAGAGGGAAGGGCAAGGCCAAGGGAAAAGGCGUGGGGGGCGCUCGGAAGAAGCUGGACGCCGCCAUCCUGGAGGACCGGGACAAACCCUACGCGUGUGACAACAGUUACAAACAAAAGCAUUCCUUGAAACCUCCCGACCGAGUCUGCGGGAAGCGCUACAAGAACCGCCCGGGGCUCAGCUACCACUACGCCCACUCGCACCUGGCCGAGGAGGAGGGCGACGACAAGGACGACUCGCAGCCCCCCACGCCCGUGUCCCAGCGCUCCGAGGAGCAGAAAUCCAAGAAGGGUCCCGACGGGUUGGCCCUUCCCAACAAUUACUGCGACUUCUGCCUGGGGGACUCCAAGAUCAACAAGAAGACGGGACAGCCCGAGGAGCUCGUGUCCUGCUCCGACUGCGGCCGCUCCG